ACCAGCUACCGAGCUGGGGUGGUCGCAUCUCGCAUGUCAUGCCACAAUUACCAAUCGCUUCCAUGCAGUGUGGGAGAGUAAGCUCAUUGAGGAGAUUGCCUCCGACGGGGGGGUUGCAUCGUAGCUGCCGGGACUUUUAAGAUGUCAUAUUCACAUUGCAGGCGUCUCAGACCUUCGCCUAUCUCCAUUUCAGUUCGCGGUUCAACAGUAUGAUAUCUACGUUCUCGCUUUCGCAGGCGUUGGUCUAUGCAGCUGUUGCUUUUACAGCAUAUAUAAUUUCUCUGUGCGCCUAUCGCGUUUUCUUCCAUCCGCUCGCGAAGUAUCCUGGGCCGCUCAGCUACAAGCUCACCGGCUGGCCGCUCGUCUGGCAAGCAUACAAGGGCGAUCGACACAUAUGGCAUCUUCGCGACCACGAGAGAUAUGGCCCGGUCGUACGCAUAGCGCCGAACACACUCUCGUUCAACACGACCUCGGCCGUUCAUGCCAUCUAUGGGACGCGAUCCGCAAAUGUAAAGAAGGGUGAAUGGUACAAGACAUUUGACAUCGCAGCGGGGACCUACAGCAGCUUCACCGAAACAGAUAGGGAAAAGCAUGCGAUCAAGCGACGAUGGAUGACGCCCACUUUCUCAACCGAGUCCAUCAAGGCAAAUGAGCCAUUGCUCAUCGACAUUAUUGAGCGCUUUUGCGAAUCCUUGAAGCCGAAUGGAGCUGCAUGGGGCGAGAAGUGGAAUGCUCACCAGAUGGGUGUCUAUCUUGGAUUCGAUCUCAUGGGCGCGUUGGUGUUUGGCAGUGACUUCAAGAGCGUGCAAGAGAAGCGCAACAGGGAUCUUGCGGACUGUGUACUACCGGCGCAGAAAUUGCUUUAUUGGCUUUCAUACCUCCCAGUUGCCUCUCUCGUGCGCCCACUUCUCCGCUCUCAGCUCCUGGAAAUGGUUGGGGGAAAGCCAGUUCGGGACAACAAUCGUCUGAUCGACUAUGGGAAAGCGCAAGUCCAGGCCCGUCGCAGUAACGAUGUCAACGAGAAGGGCUUUGCUGACGCCAAAGACUUCCUCUCGAAGCUGGCUUACAACGGUGACAAGAAGACGGGGUGGCAACCCACAUCGCUCGACCUCGACACCGAGUCCCUCAACAUGAUCAUCGCGGGCGCAGACCCCUUUAGCCAGGUCUUCACGGGCACGCUGUUCUACCUCGUGCACAACGCAGACUGCCUGAAGAAGGUCACCGAGGAAAUCCGCUCGACCUUCGCAUCCCCUUCCGAAAUUGUCUCCGGCCCCAAAUUGACCUCCUGCACCUACCUACACGCCUGCCUCGAAGAAUCCCUCCGCCGCCUCGCCCCCGUCCCCUCCCACGUCCCCCGUGUCGUCCUCCCAGGCGGCGCCACUAUCGACGGCGCCUUCCUCCCGCCCGGCACCGUCGUCGGCGUCCCGCAGUACGCCCUGCACCACAACCCCUCCUACUUCGCGUCUCCCUUCAUCUUCUCUCCAGAGCGCUGGCUCGCCUCGCCGGAGAACCCUCCAUCCGCUAUCGACGAGAUGCGUCGCGCGUUUGAGCCGUUCGGACUCGGUGUUAGGGGGUGUAUUGGCAAGAACCUUGCGUAUUUGCAGUUGAAGCUCAGCUUGGCGCACUUUUUGUGGAGGUUUGAGGUUAGGGAGACGGUAGUUGAGGGGGAGAGGGGCUUGGGGUGUGGCGGGGCAGGACUGGGGGUGGGCCGGGAGAGAAGGGAUGAGUAUCAACUCUGGGAUGCGUUGGGGGCGGUGAGGGAUGGGCCUGUGGUGGAGGUUAGGUCGGCGUGGUAG